GUAGUUGGGAGACCAGUUGGAGUUGGUGAGAGAUCUCGUCAAUUCGGCGUUAGAAUAACCUGAAAAAAAGAUGUGUUUAUCCCAGCUAGUAAUAAUUGCUCUCCUACUUUCUAUGGGUACCUCUAAACCUUUGAAACAAGACAGACCGUCAUGUGGUUACCAAAGUUGUCCUCAAGGAAAACCUGGAAUGUUGAAUGUGCAUCUCAUCUGCCACACCCAUGAUGACGUUGGAUGGCUGAAAACUGUAGACCAGUAUUUCUACGGAGCAAACAACACCAUACAAAGAGCAGGUGUUCAGUACAUCCUGGACUCUGUAAUACAAGAACUACGUCAUGAUCCAAAGAAAAGGUUUAUUUAUGUCGAGACGGCGUUCUUCUGGCGCUGGUGGCGACAGCAACAUGACCAUAUGCGUCAUCAGGUCCAGAAAUUGGUAAGAGACGGUCAAUUGGAGUUUAUAGGUGGCGGCUGGUCCAUGAAUGACGAAGCCACGUGCCACUACAAUGACAUCAUUGAUCAAAUGACUUGGGGGUUCCGUCGUCUGUCGGAUACUUUUGGAUCUUGUGGGAUUCCUCGAAUUGGAUGGCAGAUUGAUCCAUUUGGUCAUUCUCGGGAACAGGCUUCUUUGUUUGCACAAAUGUAUUUUGACGGGCUGUUCUUGGGACGUAUUGAUUACCAAGACAAGUCAAAGAGACAAAAAACUCAAACCAUGGAAAUGGUGUGGAAGGCAAGCGAUGACAUUGGUCCAGCUGCUGACCUCUUCACGGGAGUUUUGCCAAACACCUAUAGUCCACCUGCAGGGUUCUGCUUUGAUACUCUGUGUGAUAGUGUUCCUAUUAUGGAUGAUCCCCGUCUUCAUGAUUACAACGUUAACGAAAGAGUGGACAGUUUCAUCAAGAUCGCUCACGAACAGGCAAAAAUGUAUACCACCAAUCACAUUGUAAUGACGAUGGGAGAAGACUUUAACUAUCAGAACGCGAACUUAUGGUAUAAAAACUUGGACAAGAUUAUCAAGUACGUGAACGAAAAGCAAAAGAAUGGAAGUAACGUGAACGUGUUUUAUUCGACACCAUCUUGCUACCUCUACGCCCUAAAUCAAGCCAAUAAGACGUGGCCUACCAAAUCUGAUGACUUUUUUCCUUAUGCAAGUGACCCGCAUGCUUAUUGGACAGGAUAUUUUACCAGCAGGCCGUCUAUUAAGGGCUUCGUUAAACAUAGCAACAACUUUUUACAAGUCUGCAAACAACUCGAUACCCUUGCCAGGCUAGGACCAAUGGAUGCAGGUGACGUUAGUGUCUUACCAUUACAAGUAUCAUUUCUAUUUCAGCUUGUUCCCAUCCCUCUUGCUGUUCAAAAAAUACCUGGAAGAGUUAGCAAGGCCACUUCGGAACUCGUGUUUAAUGUAAAACUACCAGCACUUGGAUUCUCCACAUACUUCAUCAGGAAAUCGAAUAAAUUUAACACAGGAUGUGACAUUGCUAAUCGAUGGAAAACUCGACUUCUCAGAGAGUUCCACCUGUCCAACGGUAUCAAACUUCCGGUCAAACAGUCCUUUUAUUGGUACAACGGCAUGAAUGGAAACAACUCUGAGGCCAAGUUUCGCGCUUCCGGGGCUUACAUCUUUAGGCCUAAUGGCACUACGCCUUACCCCAUAGACAACAAUGUAACAGUGACCCUGGUGACGGGACCGCUAUUAAAUGAAAUUCAUCAGACUUUCUCACCGUGGAUUAGUCAAGUAAUUCGAAUCUAUAAUAACACUAAGUACGCCGAACUGGAAUGGCUUGUAGGACCCAUUCCUAUAAAGAAUAACAUAGGGAAGGAGAUAAUUACAAGAUUUGACACAAAUCUCCAGUCAAAAAAGAAAUUUUAUACCGAUGCUAAUGGCCGGCAGGUCUUGAAACGAGUGCGAAAUGAACGGCCAACGUGGAGUUUGAAUAUUACCGAACCUGUGUCAGGAAAUUACUAUCCGGUCAACAGUAGGAUUUACAUUAAGGACGAUUCAAAAAACAUUCAGCUCACCAUUCUCACGGAUCGGUCGCAAGGAGGUUCAAGUUUGAGUGAUGGAUCAAUAGAAUUAAUGGUCCACCGCCGUCUUUUGUAUGACGACGCUUUUGGUGUAGGCGAGCCACUAAACGAGACAGGAGUUGAUGGACGUGGAUUGGUCGUUCGUGGUCGUCACUUAAUUCUACUUAACUCUACAUCUGUUGCUGGGAAACAGCAAAGAGAGUUGUCUGAAAAGGUUCUACUUCAACCCUGGCUGUCGUUCGCCCCUUUCUCAGGAUCAGAAUAUGAAUGGGCAAAACAGUUCACUACUGAAUAUUCAGGAUUAAAGCGUCCUCUCCCGCCCAAUAUCCAUCUGUUGACUCUAGAGCAGUGGAAGGGAAAUUCUGUCCUCUUGCGAUUGGAACAUUUUUUCGAGAAAACUGAUGAUCCCCGCGGCUUAUCUAAACCUGCCAACGUAUCUCUUAAGGAUAUGUUUACACCUUUCAACGUGGUGAACGUAACAGAAACCACGCUUGGAGCUAACCAACCGCUACGAAAAGCCUCGAGGUUCGCGUGGAACAUAGAGCACAACUCGACACGCACCAACGUCAAUACAGGUCACCAAAGAGAUGCUCCUACAGGUCCUGAGUUUAACAUCACUCUAAAUCCUAUGGAGAUUCGAACAUUUCUCGUGACCCUGAAUGACAGCGUUAAACAACUCAAAUCAAUUUCCUGAUUACGAGCAAUGCAACAAAUAGAACCUGCUCUUGAUUUAUGUAUCUAAUUCAAAAUAAUAAAAUACCCUAACUCAGAAUUAAUCUAAAUUUAUUCGUAAAUAAUUAUUGUUUUUUAUAUUUUGACAAAAUGUGAGAUUCAUGUAAAAACUCAUACUUGAAACCUGAUAAAAAUUUAUGAUUAAAACUCAGACG